AUGAGCGCGCGGGUGGUGCCCUGGGCGUCCGCGGAGGAGUGGCGCGCGGUCGCGCGCGAGGUCGCGCGCGCGAUCGCGGCGAAUGCACGGCGCGACGCGAUCGCGGCGAAUGAAUCGCGCGCGUUCGACCGCGCGCUCGACGCGUGCGCGUCCUGGCGGGUCAAGGGACGGAUCCCGUGCGCCGUGGACGUCACGGCGACGCUGUUGUCGCUCGAACGCGACGAAGAACGCGGGGAUGGGGACGCGGCGGCGAUCGGACACGCCCGGGCGCUGGCGCUGUGUCGACUCGUGAACGGCGUCGUCGAUCCGGGGCAGAAAGGACGGUACGCGGCGCCGGUGGCGACGCUCGCGAUGAAAGCGAAGAUUCCGAGGUCGUUGGUGGAUCUUCGGCACGAGGCGACGCACGGGACGAUGCCGAGUGCGGGGGCGUUGCGACGCGGCGCGCGGGCGGCGCUCGAGUGGUGCGCGCGGUGGUACUGGGACGAACAGGCGCGGGCGUACGAUGAGAGCGAACGGAGGAUUCGAUCGUGCGCGCGAGAGAUGUGGUUGUGUGAGGGGUGGGCGAGGACGCUGUCGCGGCGAAACGCGAGCGGGGCGGUGUCGAGCUCGAGCGAGAGCGAGAGCGAGGACGCGGACGCGGACGCGCGCGCGGCGAGCGACGCGCCGAGUGAUUUUAAGGGUGUCCGAGAGCGCAGACGAGCGGCGAUGGGGGCGCUGACGAGCACGUGUCCGCGAGGGAGCGCGCACGUCAUCGCCGAGGCUUUGUUCUCCGGAUGUUUGCCAGACGAGGGCGAGGAUGAAAGUCGUCGACGAAGAUGGUUGCGAGUCGUCGAGGACGACGACGACGCGCGCGGGGAAGAUUUCGAAGACGGUGUCGUUCGCGAGAGCGAUUGGCGACCGACGUUGGUGAGAUUGUGUCAGAAAUGGCCGAAUCUUUUCGCGCUCGCGCUGGACGACGUCGUUCAAAGGUGUUUGAGCUCUGGAACGGGCGUCGCGGACGAUUUCGUCUUUGAACUGCGCGCUGCGCUCGACGUCGCCGCGAGCGGUGAGAUCGAAUCCUCGUGUUAUCAGGGCGCCUUAAAUCGCGCCAUGGCGCGAUUGGGCGACGACGUGUGCAGAAAUGCGUCUUCAAAAUCGACGACGAAGGAGUUACGGAAGCUCGCUGGGGUCUCCAAGGACGACGCGUCGAAAUUCGCCGGAAUCCACCAAGGCGGCGCGAACGCGGCGAGUUGCCCCGACGACGCCGCGGCUGAAAUCGCGAACCUUCGCGAGAGCCUUCGAACCGGACGCAAGCGUCGACGCGACUCGAGGUGGUCCAAGACUGAGGCUUGGACGCCGUCGCCCAUCGGCGUCGUCCCGGGCGUCGCCGUUAGAGAGUUGGCGUUCUACGACGACGACGCGUCGCUGAAGAUUCACGUGUGCUCGAACGGUGAGCAAAAUCGCGGAAUUAAGCGCGUGGUCGGGUUAGAGGACACCUCUAGGAUGUUUCGCGAGUUGGAGGCGGACGCGGUCGUCGUCGAGACGCCGAACGAUCCGCGCUCCGUCGACGACGUCUCCGGCGCCAUCACGGUCGGCGGCGCGCGCGUGGAGCUGUCGAAAGAUCAACGAAAAUCCAUCGCCGCCUCGGUGUCGUGCCUGUUGUAG